AUGUUUCAGGGAACGCCUUUCCAGGCGCAGUCCGCUGAUGCACCAGGGUUUGCAGCAAACUGCGACCACUCUGCUCUUUUUGCUGACAGUUAAAAAGACAGCAGUGGGAUGUCCUACAGAGUAGCUCCGCAUUCUUCCUACAAGAAGAUGUUUGGCGGGGAGCGUAACGUGACCAGGAGCAGCUACUCCAGCCGCCAGCUCUCCAGCCCAAUGCGCUCCUCUCGGGUGUCCUUCGGGCUCCCUUCCGCUCCGACCAUUUACUCUGCCAAGACCCAGAGGCUCAGGAGCAGCGCGGCCAUGCCCCGACUGGCCUCCGAGAAUCUGGACUUCUCCCUGUCCGACGCCAUCAACAGCGAGUUCAUCACGAACCGCACCAACGAGAAGGCGCAGAUGCAGUCUCUCAACGACCGCUUCGCCAGCUACAUCGAGAAGGUGCGCUUCUUGGAGCAGCAGAACAAGAUCCUGCUGGCCGAGCUGGAGCAGCUGCGGGGGAAAGGCACGUCCCGGGUCGGGGAUCUGUACGAGGACGAGAUGCGGGAGCUGCGGCGCCAGGUGGACCAGCUCAGCAACGAGAAGGCUCGGGUGGAGGUGCACCGGGAUAACCUGGCCGACGACAUUGGCAGGCUGAGAGACAAGUUGCAGGAUGAAAUUUCCCAGCGGGAGGAAGCAGAAGCCAAUAUGCAGAGCUUUAGACAGGAUGUGGACAACGCUGCCCUUGCCAGACUGGGCCUGGAGCGGAAGGUUGAGUUGCUCCAGGAGGAAAUGAACUUCCUCAAGGAGCUGCAUGAUGAGGAAAUGCUGGAGCUACAAAACCAAAUCCAGCAGCAGCAGCAUGUGCAGCUGGACAUGGAGGUGGCCAAGCCAGACCUGACGGCAGCUCUGAGGGACGUCCGUCUGCAGUAUGAGAACCUGGCCUCUAAAAACAUCCAGGAGUCAGAGGAUUGGUACAAAUCCAAGUUUGCUGACCUCACCGAAGCGGCAGCUCGGAAUAAUGAAUCUCUGAGAUUAGCCAAGCAGGAGGCCAACGACUACAGGCGUCAAGUUCAGGCACUAACUUGUGAGGUGGAUGCCCUCAAAGGAUCUAAUGAGUCCUUGGAGCGCCAGAUGAGGGAAAUAGAAGAGAACUUUGGCCUGGAGAACAGUGGCUACCAGGACACCAUCAGCCGCCUGGAGGUGGACAUUCACAACAUGAAGGACGAGAUGGCCCGUCACCUCCGAGAGUACCAGGACCUGCUCAAUGUGAAGAUGGCCUUGGACAUUGAGAUCGCUACCUAUAGAAAACUGCUGGAGGGAGAGGAGAGCCGGAUCUCCACCCCGUUGCCAAAGUUCUCUUCUCUAAAUCUCAGAGACGGAUUGCCUGAUUCAAAACCUCAUUCUGAAACAUCAGCAACGAAGAAAGUUGUCAUCAAGACCAUUGAGACCAGGGAUGGUCAGGUGAUCAAUGAGUCAACCCAGAAUCACGAGGACAUGGACUAAUAGCUUCUUUGUCUAUGUCAAACAAGCAACACAAGCAAUAAGAGGAAAAACAUUUCACUGGAGUUACAAGCAAGAAAAUAAAUCUACCACACAAAUCGAAAACAGCUUUGAAAAGUGCCUUUAUCUGUGAAGAUCCAGUGAGCCUGUUCUAGCUGACAGACUGUUAUGCUUUUUUGUUUGGUUGAGAGUGCUUAAGUCACAUUUGUCUUGACACAAUUAUGAAAAUCGGGACACAUUUAGCAUAGCAAUUUUUUCCGAGGUCGACAAAAAACAUUUCUUUGUAACCAAGGUAGUGUUUGAUCAACAAAGCAUGAACCACAACAAAUCUGUAUGCUGAAGAAGUCACAAUUACCUGUUUGCAGCAAUAAACUAUGAAGACUGUAACUCAA